UUGAGCAAUGGCGCUGAUUAUUGAAAGAAUCAGAAGUUGCUUCUACAUCUUUUACCGGAUAUGGUCUCUAGUAAUCGCGUCUCUGCACAGGAACAUACGUGCGGUUCAGGGCUACCAACCUGUGAAAUACAAAUGCAGUACGUUGUCUCCCUGGCUAGACACAAAGCUCACAUCUGUUAGGCGUAAGACACUUGUGCUUGACUUGGACGAGACUCUUAUACAUUCGCAUCACGACGGGUUUUCUCUGGCACGACAGGUGGCGAGACCGAGUUAUCCUGCUGACUUUAUUCUCAAGGUUGAGAUUGAUAGACAUCCGGUUCGUUUCUUUGUUCACAAGCGUCCUCAUGUCGACUUCUUUCUAGGAAUCGUUAGUCAGUGGUAUGAGCUUGCGGUCUUCACUGCCAGCAUGGAGAUUUAUGGUGCGGCAGUAGCUGAGAAGUUAGACAACGGUCGAGGUAUAUUGAUGAAGAGAUACUACAGACAACAUUGUACGACAGAUUCGACUGGUUUUACGAAAGACUUGUCGAAAGUCUCUCCGGAUUUGUCAUCUGUUGUUCUCGUCGAUAACUCACCAGGGGCAUACAGAAACAAUCCGGACAAUGCCAUUCCUAUCAAGUCAUGGAUCAGCGAUCCGUACGACAGUGCCCUUCUCAACAUUUUGCCUGUCUUAGACGCAUUGAGGUUCUGUGAAGACGUUCGUUCCAUGUUGGGUAGAAACUUGCAUCAGCAUAAUCUAUGGUAAUGUGACAAUUUGGUACAGUGCAUAGUCUAUAGUGACGAGACACUGACAGUUUACUACUUUUACGAAUAGACCUCAUAGAAGCUUAUUGUCUAAUCCUCUCACAUGGUCGCCAGUGGAAUAUGAUGAAGGGGCCCAAAUUGUGGACCCGUGCGAGCCCCACGAGACAUCUGGGACUACUACAACUGUUGAUAUCAAUAUUACCUUUAAUUGCUACUUUACUGUAUAUGUUUAUUUUUAAGAGUGUGACGUUUUCGAGGGUCUAGUUGGUCAUUUUUCUUUUACGAGGUGAAAGACCACUUUGUAGGGAGAAACGACCAGCUGGACCUUCAGGCCUAUCUACAGUCUUGGUGUACAGUACACAUCAACCGUGUUUGAUUAACAUUCUCUGUUG